UGUCUGUGAAGUUUGUAAUUUCGCCGCUCAUAUACAGUAACACAGUAUUUGAAAGUGGGGUGUUGUGAUCGGUUUCGUCGAUCAAGCAAUAGACUUCUUAAGAUAGCGACUUGAGUAAAAGAACCACUAUCAAAGACUACAGCAGGGCCAGUGGAAGAAUCCUGGCAAUGGAUGUACAGUGACUGUUUACACAGCUAUUGUGAUGGCCAGCUUGCCUGUAGCUAUCGACUGUAGAGUGUCUAAUACAUUUGAUAAUAUCAGUUUCAGCGGCUCAGUCCUACUGUAAUACAGAGUUUGACUACACGAAUUGCUGGGCCUUUAUUUUGAAGUGGGGAGCGAAUUCGGCCGUAUGAUGUGCAAGAGGACAGAGAUAAGACUCGAUAACCCGGAGCAAAUCCCGCUAUGGGAGGCCGCUCCGGUAUACUUGACACGCACUUUGAUGAUGGGAAAAUCUAUCGAGAAAUAGACAGACUACGACGCAAGCCAGGGGACUCAAAUACAAACACGGAAUCGCGACACAAAGGAGCGAGAAGGUAAACCGAGUUUAAAACAUGAGUCGUCGGCCGCUACGCGUCAGAAAUUGUCGAUGUGAAUGAUAGAAACAAAUCACCUAUCCCUACCGUGACUUGUUUGUGAAGGAAAAAAUUGGAGGACCUGAUUGGGGGUAAGUUUGGAGGAGGGAUACUCCCCGUCAGUGUUGAUCCCGCCCUGCGUUUCACGAGGUACCCGAUACACACGCCACAUGAUGGACAUUUUACCUCGCUUUGCUUACUGUCGUCUGUCACUUGUAGAUGUGCACGAGACGAGCGCGCGCGGAACUUGAGUCGCCUAGAGUGACCGUUCUUGGAUAGGAGAGCAGACGACACUUUGACGAAGCGGAUCGUUUUCGGAGCAAAUUUGUAAAAUACAUUUGAACAAAUGUUGUUUCUUUGUGGAACUGAAGUAUGGAUUUCAAGGAAUGACACUUAAGCACAAACGAUAUUGGAUGUGGCAGUAUUUGAGUCAGAAUAUUUACACGUGAUUAUAUUUUUUUCUCCAUGUGAACGCACAUAUACUUUACGUUUUGAAUUUUACAUACUUGUACAAACAGACGAUGUGUAUGCGGACUUUGAUUUGUUUAAAACUUCUCUUAUCUCCUCUUCUUGUUUCGUUUUCGACCGGAGAGGCAUUUAUUGACCGUCUCGAACAAUGCGAGCCUAUAAAAAUCCCACAGUGCCGAUCUAUGCCUUACAAUAUGACACGGAUGCCCAACCUGCACCGUCAUAGCAGCCAGGAGAAUGCAAGGCUCGCCUUUGAACGAUUUGAGCUGCUCUUGAACCAAAACUGCAGUGAAACAUUGUUGUUUUUCUUAUGUUCCAUAUAUGUACCAAUAUGCACAAUCUCUUUCCAACCCGACCCUAUCCCCCCGUGCAAGGGUGUUUGCGAAAAGGCGAGGGCAGGGUGUGAGCCCGUCAUGAACGCUUAUAAUGUGUCGUGGCCCGAGGCCUUGGACUGCUCGCGACUCCCCCGAUAUGAGAGGGGGGUAUGUGUGUCCCCCGAGGCCAUUGUUUCACCAUCAAGGAGAAAAGAUUGCAAAUGCAGAAAACGUCUUCGUCCAAAAUGGAGGAAUUACAGAAAGCACCACUAUGAUUAUGCAAUCAGAGCUCGCGUGGUCCGGAAGAAGUUAAACAGUGGCGGCCAGAUGAAGGUCAGAGUGCAAGUGACCAAUGUGAUACGCUGCGGCAAGGUUGGACUGACCAGCGAGGUGGACCUGUGGACCAACUCCAGCUGCCUGUGUCCCUCGGUCAAAAGGGGGAGGGAAUACCUGAUCCUGGGCCACGAGGACAAGCGGCUUAACAGGCUCCUUAUCCUGCCCAACACAAUAGCGGCCAAGUGGAAGGAUAAGUGGGUCAAGAAGAUUCAGAAAUGGGACCGCCGACUUCACCGACCGCCUUCAUCCGGACGCCGGCGUAGUAAUGGCGUCCACAAAGGCAGGACUAGUCUAAAGAAAACAAACAAAAUUGGCAAACGCAAGAAAACAGCCAUAAAACGAAAAAGAAAGCGGAUGAAUCGUAGAAAAUCUCGAUUAUCGCAGUGAACGACAGUGUUUGAAGCGGCUCUAAAAUCAUGAAGAUAGUUCUAUGCUCCUUAGACAAUGAGAGUUGUCUCCCUUACUUUGUAACCUCAUCGCUUGUACAGGUUUUCACGAUGUAAAUAUCUUCAUAGCGUUACGCUUUUGUCCAUUCAUUAAGUAAAGGCGACCUUUGUCAGUUAAGAG